AGUGAAGAGUGAGGAGUGGACAGACUUGAUCAUUUACAAACGUUGUAUAAGCUCUCCCGAUUCCUCUGAUAUAGCUCGUGUGUCGAUGAUCUCGCCUUCAGUGGUCGAUAGCGCGAGGCUGUGAGGAUGAUGGCAGCAGUGCCUCUAUCUAGUGCCAGCCUCCUUCCUCUUCUGAAGUGUCUGGAAGACGAAGCAGCCGGUCUGUCAGAGAAGACAGAUGCCUACAUCACCAUCGCGAACCGCCUGAAUGGAGAGGAAGGGCGUCAGUUUCUGCCUGUAGUUGUAAAGCAUUUUGCACGUCUUAGUAAAGUCCUUUUGGUUCAUAUCUCCAGUGAGAACGAAGAGCUGUGUCAAGCCGCAUUGCAAGCUUUGGGAUUCUGUGUCUUCCACUCACACAUUGUUUCAGUCUUACCAGCAAAUAUUUCAGAAGAUAUACUGUCUACGCUCUGUAAUGUUGUGGUAAAAUCAAAAGAGAAGUUUACGUGCACUCGAGCGUUAUGGGUGAUUUCAAAACAGAAUUUCCCACCAGAGGUGGCAUCCAAAAAGACCCCAGAGAUUCUGAAGAGUCUAGAGGCCAUGCAGACCAGAGAGGUUCAGUCGAUCCUCAUUGAACAUGAAUCACUCAAUGUCAUAAUAAGGUUGCUGGAGCAGGCCCCGUCUCAGAUGGCUGCUGGAGCCGUGUGCUGGGCCAAGCUGGUUAUUCCUCUGGUGGUUCACUCGGCCAAUAGAGUGCGCUUGCGUGCCGCAGCAGCCCUGGAGCUGGGCAUGCCUCUUCUUCUGGAGAAACAGCAGGAGGUGGCAACCAUUGUAGAGCCAAUGAUGUCUUCUAUGCUUAUCCCUGAAAUGCAGAAGCUGUUUGCAUCUAAAAAUGAGACGAAUAUGCUGAAGCUCUGGCCCUUGUUUGUGAGACUUCUGGGGAAGUUGCUCCACAAAGGCGGUGCAUUCAUUAAUUCCUUGCUGUAUUUAGAGGAGUUGGGUUUCCGCAACUCUUCUCCUAAUAUUAAGAAGAUUGCCUUCAUAGCUUGGAAGAGCCUCAUUGAUAAUUUCGCCCUUAAUCCAGAUAUCCUGUGCAGCAGCAAGCGUCUAAAGCUCCUCAUGCAGCCCCUUAGUUCCAUCCAAGUCAGGACUGAAGCUCUUCUGCUCACUAAGCUGGAGGUGUGGUGGUACCUUGCAGUUAAGCUUGGCCCCAACUUGUCCGCUAACUUUGAGCAGGUUGGUGUACCACUACUGCACAACACACUUCCUUCUGAUUCUCCACUGCCGAGCCCGACUACACCUGCUCGAACCUCUAACCCAAGCAAUGGCACCCCUAACACCCCUAAAUCAGGCAUUCCCUCCUGCAGCACACCAAGCACUACUCCUCGCAUGAAUCUGAACAGCAGUAUGCAGGCGGCUCAGUCCUACCGCUCCAUUCAGCUCCUGGGUCUAGAGAUGCUCCUGCACUGGCUUGUGGGUCCGGAGGUUACAGUCACAGCAGCUAGAGAAAAUCUUCAGCUCAGUCUGGAGCCCCUGACGCACCCGCUCUUUAUCAGCCCUUCCUCCUUCAGUAGACAUGCCUCCACCCUCAUAUCAGCCAUCAAAGAAGGCUUCAUUACUGUGGGAAAACAUGCUCCAGAAGCGCUGCUUAGUCUCAUUUGGAGCAACCUGAUCCGUUCUGUCAGCACAACAAUAGAAGCUGGUAAUAAGAAGGAAAGACAGGGGUCAGAGGUUCUCACGCUGCUUCUACAGGCUUUGCAGUCCAUCCUGUCCUCAGAUGAUCUGCCUGCUGAAUGUGCCCUGCUUUUGUUGGAAGCCACUGUUAAGGGAAUACCUCAGAAGGUGCUUGGUUCCGCAGCUUAUCAAGUGGCAAACAUGGAUGUAUUAAAUGGUACCCCUGCACUUUUCCUAAUACUGCUGUUCUACAAGAGUAACCAGCUCUCAUCCUUUCUUGAAGAUGAGAGGUUUUUUUCAAGCCUGGAAACCCUUGUGAGCUGUGGGUUUUAUGGUCCUACAUCGCCACUGGCAUUUGGAGAGGCUGUUUUAGGAGCGAUUAGUGGGCGUGUGGAGGCUGUUAAGAACAAGAAACAGCUCUGGAGGAUGUGGAGCGCGGUGGUAAACCCUCUGACGGACACCAUCACUCAGACCAAUGAAGUGAAUCAAGGAGAUGCUCUGGAGCAUAACUUCAGUGCCAUUUGCAGUGCCUUGAUGUUCCCAGUCAUUCACCUGCUGCCUGGUUCGCCCCUACCCCAAACCACUCAGAAGGCCAUGAUCGGUACGUGGUCCAGGCUUUACAAGGCGUUUGCUCGCUGCUCAGCUUUGGUAGCCACAGCAGAGGAGAACAUAUGCUGUGAAGAGCUGUGUGCCAAGAUCUCUGCCUCUCUUGACACCGACGCUCUGAAAAAUCUGCCGAUGUUGGAUGCAAUGGCAAAUAUCUUGCUGGUCAUCAUUGAGAGUAUGGACUUCUCUCCUUACACCCCACAGUUCCAGCAGAAGAUGAAAUCUCCUCAUACACCUUUGAGUUGGGUACGCAAGAGGAGCAAAGCUCUGGGGAAUCUCUCGACCUUUCACACUCUCCUGAUGCAGACUCUAGAUGCUUUCCUGUCUGUGGACCUCUCAGAAGCAUCUGUAGAGUCCACCAGUGGAGUUUUCAGUGGAAUUGGCUUGACACUGGUCUCUAUCUUGUCAACACUUUUCACUAAUAUCACUCUACCCACGUUCAUUCAAGAGGUGCUGUCCACCCUCACCAAACCACUCACGUGCCUUUUUGAACAGUUCUCCAGUCAUGAUGAACCAUCAAAGCUCAGUGCGACACUAGGACCCAAGUUGGAGAAACUGGUCACAGACCUGCUUGGCUGCCUUCAGAUGCAAUCAACUCUGCAUGAUGAUGAGAUGCUUGCCAUGUUGUCGCCCUUGCUUUGUGUGCUUUUUCCGCACAAGAGCAAGCAAAUUCGUACUGUGGUCACGCAGUUCUGGAAUGCCACCUUUGGAAAUGCACUCACCUUGACUUACCCUGAGCCUCUCGAGUCUGUUUUAAGUCAGGCUAAGCAAAAGACUCCACUGAUUUUACCUGGUUUUGAAGCCGUUGAUGCACCAGAUGAUUGCAGUGGACAGUAUACGGGUGAGAGUUCUCAGCUGGACCCACAGAUCAGCAGGGUAAAGAUGAUCUCUGUGGGAAAGAGGGACUCUCUUCUGGCGAGGGCAGAAGAGCUUAAAGAAAGAGGCUCUGCAACCGCAGCAAAGCCGGUGUCUGUAAAGCUGGAUUUUGGAUCACCCAAGCCCUUGAAGCGAGAAGCUAUUGAGGAGGCGGCAUCAGUGGAUUUUGUUUUUAUUCCCCCUGAGACAAAGGAGAGAGUGCUAACUGAGCACCAGAAAGAGGUCAAAAGGACUAAACGGGUUGACAUUCCUGCACUGUAUAAUAAUCUGGAUGUCUCCCUGGACACCACAGCCUUUUCACAGUAUACUCAGAGUCAGGAAGAGUCCAUGGACAAAUUGACAAAUGAUGAAAAGGAUCAACCAGAGGAAGAUACUGAUUUUCAGCUAAAGGAGGUUGCCUCAACUGAGGAACCAACCACAGAUGUUAAACUAACCCAAGAAGGCACUGGGUCGGUUGUAGAAACACCAGAGAAAGCUACACAAAAUAAAGAUAAAACUUCAGAGAAGAAUCAAUCACCAUCCAGGGAUAUCUCAGUUGAUGUGAGUGGGCAUGAGAAAAGUGGACUUGAGGGGACCAGCCCUAAUGUUUCAGGUUCAUCUGAGAUGAUAUCAGGUACACCACCUAAACCCAAUAGGAGACGUCAGUCUUUCAUAACCUUGGAGAAAUAUGUUGAUGGGAAAUCACCAAGUCCUGCAAGUGUUGCAUUUACUGGUCCGCACAUUCGCAAAUCAAGUAGACUGAGUUCUUCAAAGGCAUUGGAGGCUACUCCAAAUGACUCCCAACUUCAGACUACAAAAGAGGACUCUCGAAAGCGGAGCAGCACUGACCCAUCUGCUCAAAAUGAGGAAGUAAAAGAUAAGAUGUCAACAGGUCAUUGUGGUGAAGGUACAGAUGAAGAAGAGGAUGAUGUGGUCCCAGAUAUCCAGACCCAAUUAUCUGGCGACACGUCAGGUGAUAAGAAAAUUCCUGUGUCCAAAGCCAGUGUAGAGGAACAAGAUUCUCCUGAAAAAGAUUCACAGAGUCUUGCUGAUUCUCAAGCUAGUCAAGAACCAAGAAGGUCAGGCAGACGGCGAAGUAAACCUGUACGCCCAGGGGAAGAUCCAGGGGAGAUGAAAAGCAGAUGUCAAGAACAAGUUGCAGAUUCUGCGGUGACAAAUACACAAAAGCACAUACUGUCUCCAACAAUUAGCAUUUUGACAGGAAGAAGUACGGUUAUUGAGGACCGUAAAUUUGGAGACCAGUUGAACACUAAAGGAAUAAAAGGAGAGCUUAGCCAAAGUAAUUCACAGAUUUCCUCUGCAGAAUCUUCACAGACACUUCCACAGGUUCCAAUAUUUAUGCUUGGUAAUAAAGAGCCAAGCCAGACUGUGUCCUCUUCUGAUAGUUCUCCUGUAACUCAAUCGGAUGGCCAAAGCAAAAAGAGAUCGUCAACUCUCAAUGAGUCUGAAGGUUUGUCACCGGGUAGACCUAUGAGGAAGACUAGAGCGCACCUUGAGGAAUCGACAGACAAGGAGGCAGAUGAAAACUCACAAAACGAUCCUCAUAAUGCUGCGUCCACUUUGAAAAAGAAACAUUCACAGACACCUCUUUCCGAUUCUGAGGUUGAUGGCCAGCAAACUGCCCGAACGCGAAGAACAAGGAGAUCUGAAUCUCAAUUACUGGAGCUGGCUGGUUCGCAGACCAAAGACGACUUAAGUCAGAGAGACUCUCAAACACUGACAAUGGUGAAGGGUAGAGCUAUGCGAAGGAGAACUGCAGAAGAAGAGACCGACUAUAGUAUUAGAGAUGCCACAUCAACUGUAAAUGCUGAAGAGUUAAGUGCAAGCCAAGAUUCCUCAGAAGGUCUUGGUAGAUAUAGAACUCGACGCUCUAAAGGUUUGUUGGCUCCUACCGACAACACAGAGUCUGAAAACUCUGAUAGCCGACAAGAUGGACCAAGGCCUAAAAAGAGACCACGCAAAACAUUAUCCACAGAGAUGCUGCCAGUUGCCACAGAGCACAUAGUUACCGAGAUGGGGCCAGAUAAGGAGGGUGUUGAUGUUUCAAUGGAGAUGUCACAGGAUGAGGCAGAUAUUGAAACUAGUUUGAAUAUUUUAGUCAUUGAGACUGAAGAACUUGAGCAAAAGUACAAAGAAGAGGUCCCUGCCCCUGAUGGUGUACCACAUGAACAGAUUACCUCGGAGAAAGAAGCGGAAGAUGUCAAAAUUCAGAUAGAACUGAAGACUGAAACUUAUACAGAUGAGAAGGAGGUCAUUGGUGAGAAAGCAGAAGGUGAAGAAUUGAAUUCAUCUUUACAGAUUGGAUCGGAAGAUUUAAACGAGAAGACUAAUGUUCCGCAUAAAUGCCCACAUACCAGGGGACGGGGCCGUGGGCGUAGACGAUCUAGAAGCUGCAACUGCUUUUCAAACAACUGUGACAUGUUCUCACAGGGCAGUGACUUCCAAGAAUCGCAGGAUCUGAAAAGUGAGCAGGUUCCACUUGUCACUGAUACCCUGAACUCUCAACCUGAGCAGUCAAGCUCAACAUCUGUAGCAGAGAAAAGCGAGAGCUCAGGAAUUGCAGAUGUCCCAGAUGCUGAUUUUCAGCCAUUUUCAGCAUUGCCUGCUCAAUUCCCAUCUGAGGUUUUCCCUUCUGAAAGUCCCAUUGCAAAGCUUGGUGUAAUUGUUUCUCAGCUGUCUGAAGCAGAGGAAGGAACACAGCUUGAAUCAUCCAAACCAACAGGUGAAUCAAACAAGGACCAUGUAGAGCUCCCGGAGGCAGAGACAAAGCAGUUGGAGAGUGCAGACGAUGUCAAAAUUCAGAUAGAACUGAAGACUGAAACUGAUACAGAUGAGAAGGAGGUCAUUAGUGAGAAAGCAGAAGGUGAAGAAUUGAAUUCAUCUUCACAGAUUGGAUUGGAAGAUUUAAUCGAGAAGACUAAUGUUCCGCAUAAAUGUCCACAUACCAGGGGACGGGGCCGUGGGCGUAGACGAUCUAGAAGCUGCAACUGCUUUUCAAACAACCGUGACGUGUUCUCACAGGGCAAUGACUUACAAGAAUCGCAGGAUCUGAAAAGUGAGCAGGUUCCACUUGUCACUGAUGCCCUGAACUCUCAACCUGAGAAGUCAAGCUCAACAUCUGUAGCAGAGAAAAGCGAGAGCUCAGGAAUUGCAGAUGUCCCAGAUGCUGAUUUUCAGCCAUUUUCAGCAUUGCCUGCUCAAUUCCCAUCUGAGGUUUUCCCUUCUGAAAGUCCCAUUGCAAAGCUUGGUGUAAUUGUUGCUCAGCUGUCUGAAGCAGAGGAAGGAACACAGCUUGAAUCAUCCAAACCAACAAGUGAAUCAAACAAGGAGCAUGUAGAGCUCCUGGAGGCAGAGACAAAGCAGUUGGAGAGUUCUGGGUGCACAGGUAGUCAAAAGCACAAAGAAGAAGAAGAUGGAUUGGAAAACACUUCAGUAAGUCAAGAACCUCUCCAGAGUUCAACACCUCAAGACACAUCUCCAAGUCAAGGUCGCCCAGUGGAAGAUGCACCUAAAUGCCAAGAGCAGCUAGAGUCUUCCCAUGUCCAGCAGGAGGAUGCAGGUAACCCAGCAGUGAAGGAAAGUGAAGACCUUGCUGUUUCUGAGUCAAAUGGCAAAGAAUUGCUUGACAAGGAUGUUGCUCUUGUUGAGAAGGAUGAAGACACUCAGAUAGACAACCGGGAUCCUCCUGUGGACCCACAAGAAGAGAUGUCUGUACCUCCUGAAAGUAGUACCUCUGGAGCCUGCUUAGAUUCACCACCCAAGCAUAAACCUUUGGACGCUCUUAGUGGAGAGCUGGAGCCUGGCCAGAGUCCGAGCAGAAACCGAUCUAGUGUCUGGUCUCCAUCUGCUUCUCCAUCCACCAGUAUUCUGAAGAAGGGGCAGAAGAGAACAUGUGAAGAGGAUACACCCUCCCCUCUUCAUAAGUCACGUCGAGUGUCUUUUGCAACUCCAAUUUAUCAUCAAGAACUGGCUGAUGAUAUUGAUCGACGUAGUCCAGUUAUUCGCACAAGCUCACCUAGGUCCAAAGUCUUGAGUGGACAGUCGAAGUAUAUCACUACACCCACAAAAGGAUAUACAAGUCUAAGUCCACGUAACCUCCAUAGCCCUGGAUCCAAAAGCUCUAAAAAAUGCCUGAUUUCAGAGAUGAGCCAGGAGCCACGUCCUAUUGCUAAAGAUUGUGUUUAUCCAGCACUUGUUGGCUGCUCUACCCCUGUAGAGGCUGUUUUACCACAGAUAUCCUCCAACAUGUGGCCUCGUGGCUUUGGUCAGCUUGUUAGAGCAAGAAACAUCAAAACGGUUGGAGACCUGAGUGCCCUUACCCCAAGUGAAAUCAAGUCUCUUCCUAUUCGCUCGUCUAAGCUGUCCAAUGUGAGGAAAGCACUUAAAACAUAUUAUGAACAACAGAGAAAAGGGAGUUCUGAUGACCUAAAGAGUUUUGACGAAAUGGAGAAAAUGACAUCUGAGCCUGAAGAGAUGGAGCUUCCUCAAAACCAAGAGGAGGAGCAAACACCAGGAGAGGCUCAAGAUGACAGACCAUCAAAAGUGGAAGUAGAUUCAGAACCAAUGGCUGAGGAGAACAAAUCUCGUGAUUUGCUCUCAGAUGUUGAAGCCCUUAGUGGACACCUAACUUCAGAGGAGCUUGGUCGCUGCUCACCCAACCAGCUGGGUCUGAUGCACGAACAUCUGAGCGGAAUGAUGAGAAGCAUUGUGACCCACAUGCAGUCCUGCUUGCUGAGUAAUCUUGAUGAUAGCUUGCCAUGAGGACAUUGAGACAUUUUCCUGACAUAAUUCACUUUUAACUUGAAGAUUAACAGUGGACUGCUCAUUUCUCAAGUUUUAGCUGGAAUUUUAGAGUAGAUGAAUUUCUAAUUAUGCUCUUUCAGAGAAUAGACUUCAGUGGCCGAAAGCCAUUGCUACUUAAGUGUCAAUGUAUUUUAUGGCGUGAUUUUUAAGACUGUAAAAUUGUGGUGAGAUGCCAAGGAAACUUUUUUUUUUUUAAAUAAAGCUAUAGUAUUAAU